CAGAGAGGGUGGGGAGACAGAGGCACACACGGUGGGGGGGGAGACACAGACACGUUGGAUAGAGAGAGACUCUCACGCACGCGCGCCGGGGAGACGGAGAGCUGUGCGCUGGGCGGCGGGAACCAGCAGCCGGGCAGCCCGAGGGCAGGAAUCCAAUUUCCUGCAUUCCUGACUCAUUUUAAGGUUUGAUGUGAGGCGAUGCUCUGAAUCCUUAAAGCUCUUUCCCAUCCCCAGAACCCGCCUUGGCUUGGAGUCUCACCACCAUGCCCCCUCCGUCUGACAUCGUGAAGGUUGCCAUCGAGUGGCCUGGUGCCAACGCCCAGCUGAUCGAAAUCGACCAGAAGAAACCGCUGACUGCGAUCAUCAGGGAGGUUUGUGAUGGGUGGACACUGUCAAACCCUGAACACUACACCCUGCGCUAUGCUGACGGGACACAACUCUAUAUCACUGAGAAGACUCGCAGUGAGAUCAAAAAUGGGACCAUCCUGCGGCUGGCCAUCUCUCCAUACCGCGCUGCCCGGCAGUUGCUGGAGAGAGUCCAGGCGCCCGGCACAGACUCGCGGUUGGAGGCCCUGAAGGAACUGGCCAAGCUGUCGGCCGACGCCACCUUCGCCACUGAGUUCAUCAACCUGGAGGGUAUCUAUAUCCUCACCCUGCUGGUGGAGAGCGGCACCAAUUUCGGGGAGACGCUAGCAUUUACCCUGACAGCGUUCCUGGAGCUGAUGGACCACGGUAUCGUCUCCUGGGACAUGAUCUCCACCGCCUUCAUCAAGCAGAUUGCGGGCUAUGUGAACCUGCCCAGUGUGGAUGCCUCUCUGCUGCAGCGCUCGCUGGCCAUCCUGGAAAGUAUGGUGCUCAACAGUCAGAGCCUGUACCAGCGCGUGGCACAGGAGAUCACUGUGGGGCAGCUCAUCGCUCACCUGCAGGUCUCAAAUCAGGAGAUUCAGACGUACGCCAUCGCACUGAUCAACGCGUUGUUCCUGAAGGCUCCAGAGGACCGGAGACAGGAGAUGUCCAGUGCCUUGGCCCAGAAGCACCUGAGAACCAUCAUAUUAAACCACAUCAUCCGUGGGAACCGACCGAUCAAAACCGAGAUGGCCCAUCAGCUGUAUGUGCUGCAGGUGCUGACCUUUAAUCUCCUGGAGGAGCGCAUGAUGACCAAGAUGGACCCUCAGGAUCAGGCCCAGAGGGACAUCAUAUUUGAGCUUCGAAGAAUCGCGUUCGAUGCUGAGUCGGACCCGAACAGCAGCAAUGUGGAGAAGCGUAAAGCCAUGUACACCCGGGAUUACAAAAUGCUGGGCUUCACAAACCACGUGAACCCGGCCGUGGAUUUCACCCAGACCCCGCCCGGGAUGCUGGCGUUGGAUAACAUGCUGUACCUCGCCAAGCUUCACCAGGACACGUACAUCAGGGUUGUCCUGGAGAACAGCAGCCGGGAGGACAAACAUGAAUGUCCGUUCGGGCGCAGUAGCAUCGAGCUGACCAGGAUGCUGUGUGAGAUCCUGCAGGUCGGAGAGCUGCCUAAUGAGGGCUGUAAUGAGUAUCACCCGAUGUUCUUCACCCACGAGCGGGCGUUUGAGGAAUUCUUUUACAUCUGUAUCCAGUUACUGAACAAGACCUGGAAGGAGAUGAGGGCCACGUCGGAGGACUUUAACAAGGUGAUGCAGGUUGUCCGUGAGCAGAUUACGAGGACCCUGAGUGCGAAGCCGAACUCGCUGGAUCAGUUCAAGAGCAAACUCCGCUGCCUGAGCUACUCGGAGAUCCUGAGGCUGCGACAGUCUGAGAGGAUGAGCCAGGACGACUUCCAGUCCCCGCCAAUCGUUGAGCUGCGGGAGAAGAUUCAGCCUGAGAUCAUGGAGCUGAUCAAACAGCAGCGGCUGAACCGCCUGUGUGAGGGCACCAGCUUCCGGAAAGUCAGCCGCAGGCGGCAAGAUAAGUUCUGGUACUGCAGACUCUCACUGAAUCAUAAGGUGUUGCACUAUGGAGACUUGGACGAGAACCCACAGGGAGAAGUGGCCUUUGAGUCUCUGCAGGAAAAAAUUCCUGUUGCAAAUAUUAAAGCCGUGGUGACUGGGAAGGACUGUCCCCACAUGAGGGAGAAGAGUGCUAUGAAACAAAACAAGGAGGUCCUGGAGUUAGCCUUCUCUGUUCUACACGAUCCCGAUGAGGCUCUGAACUUCAUCGCUCCCAACAAGUAUGAGUACUGUAUCUGGACUGAUGGACUGAACGCUUUGUUGGGGAAAGAGAUGGGCAGCGAGCUGACCAAGAACGACCUGGACACUCUACUGAGCAUGGAGAUGAAGUUGCGUCUGUUGGACCUGGAGAACAUCCAGAUCCCCGAGGCACCUCCCCCCAUCCCUAAGGAGCCCAGCAGCUAUGACUUUGUGUAUCAUUAUGGGUGAUCCGCCAAGCGACAGUCCCCGCAGCACAGGAACGAAAAGAAAUGCGCAGCGAGAUCAAGUGAGCAAGAGAAAAUAAAUCCACCUUUUAACCAACGAUCAGAGAACAUGUCUCCAUUAAGAAGCAUGCAAAGCCCUGUAAGGCUGCAGAGAGGCAGUGUUACAGGGGACAAAAGGGCACACGUGCUUGCUGUGACGUAACUCUGAUCUACUCGGAAGGACUCAGUCCAAACCUGGGCCUUUCAGCAAAAAAAAUCUGUGUUUAUUUCUUAGACAUGUUUUUAAGAAUUUGGUGGAUCAUGGUGAUUAUGUAAAGUGAAGUUUGUAUGAUAAUGGUUCAUAAUUUAUUAGUGGAUCUGUACUUUGUAUUUAAUUUUUUUUGCUGCAAACAAACAGUACUCCCUCAUUCCUCAAAUGCUAUUGAAACCCGAUGUUCCUCUAUUGUACAACCUUUGUAAUGUAUAACCAAUUGUAUUGUAAUUUCUGGGCGGGGGGGGUACCAGAAAAAAGUAACGUGUAAGAAACGAGAUAGCGGAGACUUGGGAAUGAAUGAGUUCAAGGCUGAUCUAAACUCCAGGUUUCAAAGGUCAUUCACAAACUACUGGAGCUUCACAAUCACACCUGAGUUAUCCAUUCCCCUGAACUCCUUCGUCAGGUUCACAGUAUUGUAACUUACUCCCAAGAUUCUAUCAUUUUUAUCUGUAAUUUACCGACAUCACAGCCAAUGCAGGUACCAAUACUAUUCAGCAGUACUAAUUGUAGGUACGCUCCACUUGAGCUGUUUGUCUCAUCAUUGUCUCAGCUUUUCAGUAACUGCCUGUGCUUUUUGGUUUUGAGACUUGGGCAUUCAGUUCAGUGGGUGCUGUAGUGGAUUGGGUUACAGACUGUCUUUAGUGUCUGGUCCAGACAAGCACACUGAAGUUAACCGGUAUGUGAAUGGACUGAAUUACAAGCACUGAAUUAAGCAGGUUCUGUAUUACCUUGCUGAUGAACGUUGAAUGAAAUGGAUACGUGAAUGGAAUGGAUUACACGCACUGAUUUAAACCAGUACUUUACUGACCAAUUUGAACCCAAGCCAAUAAACGCUGCCUUGUGCUUUUGAGCUGUGUUAUUCGAGGGCCCCCACAUUGCGGUAUCUGAGCUAGCCUUUAACCUCCAUCAUUAAUGGUUGUUCCACAUAGAGGCGGAUACAGAUCUGGUGAUUUCCUACCCCACCAAUCCAGCCCCAAGUGUGGGUACUUAAGUUAUACCUUGUGAUGUAACAAAUCGUUUUUUGGGAGCCAAGUAGUAUUUGUCAUUAAAUUGGAAGCUAUGUUGUUGCCAAAUUCUUGCCCAAAUCCCUGACUUGACUCACCCUAAUUUACAAAUGGUUAUUAUGGAGUGCGAGGUUGAGAAGUCAGACUGACUGAGAGCCCGGUCUGUCUCACUGUUGACCACUUGAUUCAGCUCCACUUCAGACCAUUGUACUUUUGCCUUAGUCCAUUUGGGUUAAUUUAGGACGCUCGUUGGAAAAAUAAAAUAAAGACGAGGAUCUUUAAUGUGCUGUAAUUAAUGGCUGCAGCAAACAGGGCUUUGACUCAUAUGACACAUCAAAUGCGUGAUCAAUGCAUGCUUACUCAUUCACUGUUGCCUGAAUAUGAGAAUGUUAUGUUGGGAGAUUUAUGGUGUCUGCACUGACAAUGGCACAAGGUCGUCCCACAAUUAGCAAAAAUGUCCAGAUUGACGCUGGAGACGGAUGCAAAGUGACAAUUAAGCGGAUGGGAAUUUGUGCUUUGGGAAAGAGAGACGAUCAUAAUCCCAUUGAAGAUUUUCUGUCGUGAACAUGGCAAUUUAUUGUGAAACAAAUAUUUUACAUUGGCAAUUAUAGGAUGGCUUAUCGCCGAUUAUACUGAUUGAAUUCUCGUACAUGCUACACCCACGUGUUAACGUGAUCAGGUUAGAUGAACAGGUUAGAUCUUCCGCGAGGAGAAAGUUGCCAUUAUAGUAUGUUGCUUAAGUGCAUUGUGGUAAUACGGUAUAUCACUCUCUGUGCACAUUUGACUGUCCAAAUUACUGUUGUUCAUUGUACUUAGUGGCAGGGGCCUCCAUGGAAACAAAUGUGAAAAAUUGUGGCUUUUAAAUAACUUCUGACAGUAAAACUGAUUGAAUAUUAAUUCUAA